AAACGACGCAGUUCUAAAUUGAACAUAUUGGUUUAUCUAUAGUUUAACUCUCCGAUAUUCUAAUUUAAGCUAUUUCCAUAUUUGCAAUUUAUAAUAGGAUAGAGCAACAUAUUAUCACGAUUCCACAACGAUUCGAUGUAUUAGUUGGCGCGCCUGCUUAAUGAACGAAGGGGCACGAUGCGCGUGAGCGUAUGCGCGUUAAGUAGAGGCGCGCGUGUACGCCUCCUGUCAGAGUUGUCCGUCCGUAACGCCGCAGGACGAGUUGUCUCCGUAGAAAAGCCGCCUAUGGUGGUGGUAGCUCGCGAGUUUCUCGAGGGACCAUUUUUUUCCUUCAUCGUCCUACGGCUUUUCGCGCACAAUCGAUAAUCAAAGCGUGUAUAUCUCACGCGCCACGACGUAUAACACGUUUUAUUAUUGUAAUUUUGUGGAAACGAAGGUUAGUGUACGACGAACAUUGUUCAGUUCAGUAAGCGCACGAAUCGAUUCGACCAGGAUGUCUCGAGGAAACAUCGACCAUGUACCUGCGAAUACAUCGAUGUAAUAUGUGAUCUGGAUAACGCUCGUUUUUCCGGGUUAUCUCGACUCUUGGUUCACAUUUCGUUUUUGUGAGCUCUUUUUGUGACAGGGUCAAAGAAAAUCUGAACUAGAAGUAUCCCGAUACAAACUGUUCGUCUCGAGAUUCUUUGUGAGCUGGGCAUGGUCUUAGGGACGACGGCGGGGCGAUGACGCUCUACCACCGUCGUUCGUCAUCGCCACGAGUCCCUCAGGACUCACCCUAUCUCCCGGACCCGAUCCUGAAAUUGGCCCUGAUCCUUGCCUCCGUUAACCACCGUCAUCGUUGUUUCUCGACGCGGAAAUUGGCAAAGACGAACGCCAUUUGGGCGUUCGAGAGGAGGUAUGAAGGAUCGACCUCAUCGUCCUUACCGAGAUCAUCACGGCCAGGCGAUGCCUUUGGAAGAAGUUCAGGGAUUGCUGCUUCCACCCUCCAGAACAGGUAACCGGGGACCUCUGACGAUUGUACAGGUCGGGAAAGGAAAUGGGGGCGGUGGAGAUGGCGGAAGUGAUUUACUGAGAUUGGAACCACCCUCGGAUUUAAGGCCAACUCCGUCGCCCUUGUCCGAAACGAGCGCAACAUUGCAGUCCGACAACAAUGAUACCUUUAGCGGAGGUGUCGAUCCACGAUUAUUGUUGGGCGCAAACACCGGGGGCGAUCGUAACACGUGGGAGGGUCGUUACCGUGUGAAGGAGCAUCGGCGUGCUGGAAAAGCGACCUUCCAAGGCCAGGUUUACAACUUCCUGGAACGUCCCACCGGCUGGAAGUGCUUCCUAUACCACUUCUCUGUAUGAAUAUGCACUACCAGAAUACGAUGUACAGUCAAGUUUUCAAUUUAGAGUUUUGGAUCGCACGUUUGAUUUAUUUUUCGAUAGAAAGAAAGAAGGUUUGACGAUUUCGAACGAUUUGUACGUAAAUAGAUAUGUUAUUGUCCACGUAUCAGGAAGGUAGGUAUUUUGAGAAUUAUCGAUAGCUUCUUUUUUCCCGAGAGACGAGAAGAAAUUAAAUAUUUCUUAUGGAUGAGAAGAAGAUUCGUAUAUGUACCUUAAAAAGUGAGAUUCUAGUUCCAGGAAUUAAUGAGAGAGAUAAGAGUGAUAAUAAAGCGAGCAGAAAGUACGAUAGUUAACCGAGCACUUAUAUGCUGUACUAUAUGUAUGCAGUAGUAUGCAAAAGCGUUGAUUUAACUCGGGUAUGUUAAUUAAUGUUUAGUGAAUAAAUAUAUAACUUGUUGAAAAUUGAUCCAACCUAAUUCAAAAUUCAUUCUUAUUUUGGAAAGAAAAUGUGUAAAGUUUGUCUACUUGCAUGCUACUACAAUACAAAUUUUUGAAUUAUUUCCACAGGAAAGUGGAUAAAUUUUUCAUUUAAAUGUCAGUGAUGAUACAUGGAAGAGCGGAUUAACGACAUAUUGGCCCCGCUCCUUAGAUUGUCUUAUCCUAGAUUGUCGCAUCAAUCUUUAUUGUCAGUUAAUAAACGUCAUAGAGUAUGUUAUUUUUCGAAAAGAUUGAUCAUGCGAAUAAAACAUUUUUCACACAAAAAAAAUUAAUAUUAUUCAUAAGUUAGUUCGUGUAAAUGGUUCACGAAUAAGAUACAGAUUCAAUUGCGCGAGUUUUUAUUUCAAACAGAAAGAAAUGUUGGAGAGAAGAGGUGGAUAAUUAUUUAAAUAUUAAUUCUUCUGAAAAUUGAAAGAAAAAUGAGAUGUGAUUUGUUGUUAUGAUUAUCCAAUUGUCUGGAUUAUCCAUUUUAUAGGAGAUGAAAUUUAGGAUAGAAAAUGAAUAAUUCAAGGAAAAUAAGAUUUCUAAUAUUUUUAGCAAAAUAGCAAUUUUACUUUAGAAAAUUAUGUAAUGUCUUUUAACAUAGUACAGUAUAGAUUGUGAUAUUAAAACUUGUGAUAGAUUGUGUGUAUUUCUGUAUUUUUCAGUAAAAUAAAUCAAGCUAAUAAUAAUUGAUAAAACUAUAAAAUGAAAAAAUAUAUCUAGGUUGAAAAAUAAAUUUUGCAAAUGAUUACAUUUAA